AUGUAUAAAUACGAACCCUCGAAACACAACUUCUCACCCUUCCUCAUCCACUGGAGACGCAGGGACAGAAGAGAACCCAUCAAGGACGCGACAGUUGCAGCAAGAAGCCCCGUACUUCUGAACGAUACCAUGCAUUUGUUCCUGGCUAUAGUGCUGUCUGCCAGCCUGGCGGUUGCCGAAGGAGGAUACGUCAGCCCUAGGUUCAUUGUUAGGCACAGGUCUAGCGGCCGUUGUUACGCCUAUGCUGACUGGUGGUCCUGGGGCCAUCAUUAUGAAAAAUUCCGUGCAGACAAUUGCCCCAAUGCGGCUGAACUAGAAUGGCAUCAGAAGGAAGGACACUGGGGCUAUCUGAAGGUCGUAGGCACUGCCGGACAUUGUUUGAACCCCUUCGGCGGCUGGGCUCAUCCAGGAGACAAUACAGCAAUUUUCCCACAUCCAAAUUGCUACAAUUCUGCAUUGUUUGCAAUCAACCAAGAGAAGGGCUUCAUCAAACAUUCUGGGGGCAAAUAUGUUCACCCGUACCCAUAUAACGGUGAAAUGCCAAGCUGGCAUUCCGAUACGAUGAUACACGGAGGAACUUUCUCAAAUAUGCAGUUUGACUUUCUUAACCGCAACCUCCAGAAAGUUCAGGUUAUUCCAAACCCAUCAGUUGCCGGAGACUGGGUUAAAAUCAGCUGUUGGGGCCAUGUUGGCCCUGGGUCUUUGUCGUAUACAUUUAAAGCUGGCUACUCUAAAACCGAGUCCUCGACGUUAACAAAUUCAUGGGAAAUGACCAUCGAAGUGGCCAAAAAAGUCAUUACAGCCAGCGUCACCUAUAGUGGUUCUUACUCAACCUCCUACGAAUCGCAAUGGACGCAGGAACGGGAAAUAACCAGAACAGUCACUGUCACUGUAGCUGGCACCAUAUGUCUGUGGCAGUGGCAGUAUGUAUUUGAGCAGUUUAAUGAUAAAUAUGUGUUCAAACCCAUGAUUAUGCAAGAAACCCGUUCUGACGUGAAACCAACCAAUAUCCCCAGAAACACAAAGUAG